AUGGCCCGCUUCAACGUUUCUGGUCUUUUGGUCCUCUUCGUGGCCCUCGUCUUGCCCAGCGGCGCGCUCGCCCUUUGGCCCAUCCCUCGCAAUCUCACCACUGGCACGUCUGCUCUCAAGCUCGACACCAACUUCACCAUUAGCGUCAACGUAUCCGAUUCCCCUAGCGAUCUCGUGGAUGCCGUCAAUCAGACCAAACAGUACCUCGAGAACGACAGACUUGGUCGUCUUGUCGUCGGUCGCGGUGCCAACGACACUGCAGCGCUCAGCGGUGCGAAGACCAUAUCUGGACUCACUCUCUCGCUUGAAGAGAACACUACGGUCAACAGCAUCGCGUACGAGGCGCGUCUGAAGCUGGAGGAUAGGGUCGAAGGAUACAGACUCACCAUUCCCAACGAUGGUUCCGAUGCGACUCUCGUUGCGAACACGACACUCGGGCUGUAUAGGGGCCUCACGACGUUUAGUCAGAUCUGGUAUUGGUAUGGUGGAGAGACGUAUACGCUCGAAGCACCGUUUGAAAUCGCCGAUUUGCCAGCAUACCCUUAUCGCGGAUUAGGUCUCGACACUUCACGGCACUACUUCCCAGUGGACAGCAUCUUACGAACCCUAGAUGCCAUGAGCUGGGUCAAGAUUAACACGUUUCAUUGGCACGUCACCGACAGCCAAAGUUGGCCCCUGUAUGUCGUGGAGUAUCCCGAUCUGGCUCAGUACGGCGCAUACUCUGCGCAACAGGUCUAUUCCGAACAAGACAUUCAGAACAUACUUUCAUAUGCAGGCGCGCAUGGCAUCGACGUUCUACUUGAAAUUGACACUCCCGGGCACAGCGGCAGCAUUGGCUCCGCAUACCCGGACUAUAUCGCCUGCAUGUACGAGACACCCUGGUCCUCGUACGCGGGCGAGCCUCCCGCAGGCCAGCUCCGCAUGACGGUCCCCGAAGUCGUGAACUUCACCACGAGCCUUCUCUCAUCUGUCGCGAAGACGAUGCCGUCGUCGUACUUCUCCACCGGCGGCGACGAGAUCAACUCUGCGUGCUAUCUAGACGACCCCAUCACAUCUACAUACUUGAACACCACGAAUACAACGCUGAACGGCGUGCUCGAUACGUUCACGAACAGUACGCAUAGUGCGCUCGUCGGUUUGGGAAAGACACCAGUGGUGUGGGAGGAGAUGGUGCUCGAGUGGAAUCUGACGUCGUUAUCGAACGAGACGAUCGUCAUGACGUGGAUAUCCUCACAGGAUGCAGCUGCCAUUGCCGAUAAAGGGUUCCGUAUCGUCCAGGCGCCGUCGAAUUACUUCUAUCUCGACGAAGGUCAAGGCUCAUGGGUCGGUGGAGACCCCUUCGGCGGGUCAGGAACGUUCAUAACCUGGCAAUACGCAUACACCUACGACCCGCUCGCGAACCUCACCGAGUCCCAGCAGGCGCUUGUGCUCGGCGGCCAGCAGAUCCUCUGGGCAGAGCAGUCGGCAGCCCAGAACCUCGAGCCGACCGUUUGGCCCCGAGCAGCUGCCUCGGCUGAGAUCUUCUGGAGCGCGACGCAACCCGGCGGCAUACCAUUGAACGGGACGGAGGCACUGCCGCGCUUGCAGGAUUUGAGGUAUAGGAUGGUGCAGAGGGGUUUGAACGCGAUUCCGCUGCAGCCGGAGUGGUGCUCGUUGAGGCCGCAUGCAUGUGAUCAGUAUUCGUGA